AUGGAGAACUUUGACUUGGACAUAUUUCCUGGGCUAGAAACUUCACAAAAUGAUACAAAUGAAACAUUGUUUGGCACGUUAUACUCGCAUAAAAAACUCUUGAACCCAAACUCAAAUCCAAUACCACCACUCGAAACUGCAAAACUACAACAGUCUGCUUUCGAUAGUUUUAAAAUAUCUUCGACCGCGAUAUUGGACACGUUAACGGAACGUAAUCCAUGUCCUGAAUGUGACAAGCCAGUGAAAUAUUUUUGCUAUCGAUGUUUUAUGGUGGUUGGGUGCUCGCGUGAUAGUGUGCCGAAAUUAAAAUUGCCCGUUAAAAUUGACAUAAUCAAACAUGAAGAAGAACGCGAUGGUAAAUCAACAGCAAUACAUGCAAAAAUACUGGCACCGGAUGAUAUCAUGAUACAUUCAUAUCAAAAUAUACCAAAAUUUGAAAACUAUGAGCGUCUUUUGUUACUGUUUCCAGGACCAGAUGCUAAAAAACUGGACGAAAUUCCACGCGAAUCAUUUGAUAAAUUGUUAGUAAUAGACGGAACAUGGCAACAAGCAACAAACAUGAUACGAUCUACCCCUGAAUUUAGUAAACUCCGUAAAGUUACCAUGAAGCCAUGUACCACAUUAUUCUGGCGAUUUCAGAACAGGGAUAAACACUAUUUGGCAACGAUUGAGGCUGUCUAUUAUAUCUUGAAGGAAUAUCAUGAAGCAUAUAACGAUACUGUUGAUGAAGGAAAAAGUAAUGGAUAUGAUGGACGCUACGAUGAUAUUCUUUGGUAUUACAAGUAUUUUUACGGGUUGAUUCAAGCUACUUAUCGAAUGAACAAAGGAGUAAAAAAGUUUAAUGCUAGACAUCAAGAAGGAUACAUACAAUACGAUUAA